UGUCACUGGUAUAUAAGACAAGUUAUUUCACAGCAUGGACAUAAGUUUUUCAAACGUCCUUUGAACAAACAACUAGCUAACUAACAAACAACUAACUAAACAAUGCGUUCAUCAAUUUUCGUGCUGGUAACCUGUGCUCUUCUUGUUGGAGUACUUGGAGACGAAGAGAAAAGGGCGAAAAUGAAAGCAACCUUCGAGAAGUGUCUCAAAGAAGGAGGAAUCGAAAAAGAAGAGCUACAUAAGGCUCAUGAAGCUCAGAAAAACGGAGAAGAACCCGAUCAAAAAAUAAAAUGCUUCACAGCUUGUAUGGCCAAAGAAAUGGGUGCUAUGGUUGAUGGACAAUUCAACAAAGACAAAAUGCUCGAGAAGCUUCCAGCUGACAUACCCGAUCGUGAAAAGAAGGUUGAAGCGAUCACAAAAUGCACUGAAGAGAAGGGAAGUGACGAGUGCCAGACAGCUUAUCUCGUAAUGAAAUGUCUGCGUGACAAUAAGGUACAGGCACUGCCUCAUCAUCACCACCACCACCACCAUCACGACCAAUAAUUGUUUCUGGAUAAACUUGGUGUUGUGCAACUUCAUAAUUCAACGGCCACGAUAUGAAACUGAAUUUUAAAUUAUAUAAUGAAAAAUGUUGAUAAUUAUUAUUAUUA